AUGCCUAAUUCCCCAAAAUAUAUUGGUGAACCAUGGAUACCACACGAGAUGAUGGACAAGCUGGAAAGGAUGACAAAAGAGCACUAUAGAAAGUGCAUGGAGCAGAGAUUCAAGGAGCUAGUGACCAAGAAUGGCCUUGAAGCGGCCCAGGCUGAGGUCACUGACAUGGACUGGGAGAGCACCUUCUUCCUCCGCCAUCUCCCUCAAUCUAACAUCUCAGAAUUCUCCGAUCUUGAUGACGAUUACAGGAAGCUGUUUAAAGAAUUUGCCAAAAAACUAGAAGAGCUGGCGGAGGAGCUUUUGGACUUACUUUGCGAGAACUUGGGGCUAGAGAAGGGGUACUUGAAGAAGGCCUUCCAUGGCACCAAGGGCCCGAACUUCGGGACGAAGGUGGCAAACUACCCACCGUGCCCAAAGCCAGAAUUGAUAAAGGGGCUGCGAGCACACACUGAUGCCGGCGGCAUCAUCUUGCUCUUCCAAGACGACAAAGUAAGCGGCCUCCAGCUCCUCAAGGACGACAAAUGGGUCGACGUUCCCCCAAUGCGCCACUCCAUCGUCGUCAACCUCGGUGACCAAAUUGAGGUGAUAACCAAUGGCAAGUACAAGAGCGUGCCGCAUCGGGUGGUGACCCAAACGAAUGGUAACCGGAUGUCAAUAGCAUCGUUCUACAACCCCGGCAAUGAUGCUGUCAUCUUCCAGCACCGGAGUUGGUAG